AUGGCACCUCAUCCCAUCACGGUCUUGACCCCCUUUCUACCAAAUGAAGAGGUCCGAGGUUCAGGCAAAGUCCUUUGUGAAGUAUGUAAGAAAAAGUGUAGUGGUAAUGCACUUAGGGUUCAAGACAGGUACUUCCACUUAGACUGUUUCAAAUGUGCUGAAUGUUCAUCUUCAUUGGCACAAGGUGGGUUUUUCUUAAACAAAGGCCUUUAUUAUUGUUCAAAAGAUUACCAAAAACUAUUUGGAACUAGAUGUGCUGAAUGUGGAGAUUAUGUUGAAGGAGAAGUAGUCACAGCUAUUGGCAACACAUAUCACCAAAAGUGCUUUGUAUGUGCUAGUUGUAGGCAGCCUUUUCCAUCAGGGGAAAAAGUGACCUACACAGGCAAAGAUUGCUUAUGUACAAAAUGCAUACAAAUUCCUAUCGUUUCUGCUGAAUCGCCUACUCAAGAAUCUCAAGUGCAGAAUGGACCAACUAGAAAAAUUUGUGCUGGCUGUAAUGAAGAGUUGAAAGAAGGCCAAGCUUUAAUUGCCUUAGAAAAAGAGUGGCAUAUCUGGUGCUUUAAAUGUACUGCUUGUGAAGCUGUUCUUCAUGGAGAGUAUAUGGAUAAAGAUGGCAUUCCGUAUUGCGAAAAAGAUUACCAAAAGCAGUUUGGAGUUAAGUGCAAUCAUUGUGAACGUUAUAUCAUUGGAAAAGUUUUAAGGGCUGGUGACAAUCAUCAUUUUCAUCCUACUUGUGCCCGGUGUUCAAAAUGUGGUGAUCCAUUUGGAGAUGGAGAAGAAAUGUAUCUUCAGGGAGGUGCUAUAUGGCAUCCACGAUGUGGUCCAUCCCCUGAUGGAAAAGUAGAUGAUGAUUUCCUAGAAGACCAUAAAACUAAUGGUGUAAUUGAUGGCCAUUACCCGCCUUAUUCCCCUAGUCUUUCAAGUUCUCGUUCUACAAGUCCAUAUAGUUCACUCACAAGACAGUAUGGCAGAACAAGCCCAGGAAUAUACUUGGAAAAAGAUCAUCUGAUAACUGAUCUUAGUCGUGUAUAUACAUUCAGUUAUUUAACAGCAGAACCAACUCAAGGAUAUCUUCGACGUCCAAUUGAACCACAUCCUCCCAAAUCUCCUCAAUUUCAUCGACCACCAGAAGGUAGUGGAAGAAGAAGAACUGUUCCAUCAAGACCUACAUCCAAACAGGGAAUGCAAGUUUUGGUGGACACUAUUCAGUCUACAACCCCGCGGCCACGAUCACCACAUAUGAAUAAUGAAGAGCCAAUAAAUCUUGCACAUUACCCUGAUGCUACCAAACCAAAUCCAAACAGCGUGCCUCCUAUAGAAAGGGAUGAUUUUCCAGCUCCUCCUUUUCCUUAUACAGAUCCAGAAAGAAGGCGCCGGUGGAGUGGCGGAUCAAGGGAUUUUGAAAUUGAUGAAGAAGAUAGAAUUGAAGAUCCACAACUUAAAAAAGAAGAGGAAGAAUUAUCUAAAAUAGCUACUGGUAUUGGGAAAGUUUUUUUGAAAACUGUUAAAGAGCGAGAAAAGUUGAGAGCAUGGAGGAGAGCAAAUCUGGAUCCUAGAAAUGCUUCUCGAACGCCUUCAGCUAAAAUGGAACCUCCGUCUCGAUUAAGAUAUUAUAGUUCCAUACAUGCCUCUCCAUCUAGAGAUAUUGAUCGGCCUAGACCGUGGGAGGAUGAUGAAUUUGAUCGCAGUUCUGGUUUUCGGUCUUCCCUUGGAAGAUCAUCUGGAAACACGCCUUGUUAUAAUGUUGUUUCAUCAUUAAGGCCUAUACCAAAACCAGGAUAUGGAUUUGCUACGAAAUCAGCUACAUUGCCUGCUGCUGGAAGGGAAGGCGGCAUGGGUUUUAUGACAUCAGAUUUAGCUUUUGUUAAAAUUCAACCAACUCACAGUUCUGAAUUUGGCAGUGGCAAAUCUGAUUUGUCACCUACUCCAGAGCAAGGAAAAAUGCUAGUGAAUAAUAGUGCUAGUGCCACAUUUCGAUCAACUCCUUAUUCCGAAGGUUUUACAUUUCGACAUGCAUCCUAUAGUCCACAUCUGCGACGCUCAAUGCCAAAUGUUAAUCUACACAUGUCCACAGAACCUCCCAAACUAUAUCCUUAUCAUCUACUAGUAACUGGCAACUAUCGCUUACCUCCCGAUGUUGAUAGAUGUCAUUUAGAACGUCAUCUAUCCAAUGAAGAAUUUCAAGCUAUUUUUCACGUGUCUCGCUUAGAAUUUUACCGUUUGCCAGAAUGGAGAAGAAAUGAUUUGAAGAAAAGAGCUAAGCUUUUUUAAAUAUAUUUUUUUAUCAUGGCAAUUAAAGCUGCUAUAGACAUUACAAUUGGACACUGGUGCUUUUCUACUGCUUUCCUCUGUUACAAAUAGAUGUUUUAUCUUCUGAUAUAUAGCAGAAUUUUUUAUUAAAAAGUAAAAGUGCAUAUAUGCAUAUAUAUAAAUAUAUAUAUUUUUAACUCCAUCUAUAGUGCAUGAUGGCUAGCAGUAGUCGGCCAAGGUUAUUUGACAUUGAAGGUUGAUACUUCAUUAUUGUUCAUAUGAGUCAUUUGUACAAUUUGACUUCUUUAUGCAUUAUAUCUAUAAAUUUGUUUUAAAAUAAAGAUUUGUAUGUGUGUUGUAAUUUUAAUAGUUUUAGAAAAUAUAUUGUUUAUUUUUGUGAAUUAUGUGUAUAUAGCUAUGUUAUUAUUUUUGUUAUGAUUUGCUUUAAAAUUAGCCACUCAUAAAUAAAGUGUUUCUAAUUUUAAAAUGAUGUAGUCACGGAAGCUCAAAAAUACAGCAUUGUAAUUUAAUUCAUUGAAAACUUUGAAAUAAAUGACUUGAUGUGUAUAUAAUUUGUCUCUUAGAGUAUCCCACAAAUAAUAUUGCUCACUUUGCUUGUUUUACAUUCCAUAUAUUUUUUUUAAUUCAACCUUUUUAAAUUUUUAACAUGUUAAACAUAAUUUCAGAUAUUAAAUAAUCUUGAAUGAUAAUAUGACAUUACGAGAAAAAAGACCUUUGCCAAUUUAAAUUGCUUUUCUCAUGUUUGCUUAUGCUGCAGUUCAUUCCAUAAUGCUUAGUUUUGUUGCACAAUAAGUUUUCUAAGUGCUCAUUACCUUUUUAGUGCAUCAUUUAUUUAGGAAAAAGUUAUACCAGUAAGAAAUGAAGAAUUUCUAAUAUAAAAUUUACUCUCAACUCAAUUGCAGAAUAACUAACUACAGUUUACUUCAAUAUGUAGACUUGAAGAGAUUCAUGUGAAUGGCACACGGGAAGUACAAAAAAAAAAAAAAAAACUCAGUUUACAAAUGUUAUGUUUUAUGAAGGUUUCCUUACAGAAAAUAUAACUGAAAAUAUUUUUACUCAUUUAGCAUUCAACAUUUAGCCGAAGACAAAUUUCCUGGCAUUAGGUCAGGUUUCUAAAGUGAUCUUUAAAGUUUACUAUUCAUGAAAAUGCCAUGCUGAAACUACAGCACAUUCAUAUUUUUUUUUUUGUUUUGAUCAUUGCUCAAAACAUUAUGACUUCAAACUCUACUAACAAAUUUAUUCGGAUAGAAUAAUUUAUGUAUCCGUGCAAAUAAAUACGAAUUUUCUUUGCAUGUGAUAUGAAACCUUCCUAACAUAACAUGCUGCAAGAGUGAAUUCUAGCAAAGUUACUGCAAAAAUAAACUUAAAUGAGGUACUUUUCAAAGAUUAAUACGCUUUGCUUUUUGGGGCCUUAUUACGUUAUUAAUGGCUGAUGACAACUUUUGACCAGCUUCACAAAAAGGAUAACAAUUUAAUUUAUUGUCUUUAGUUUUCACGGAUUAUUCAUAAUCAAAAAUACUGCUGUUCAUCAAUAGGAUACAUUUUUUCCCUUUGUAUUUUAAUAUAACUUGUGUUAUUUAACAAGUUAUAUUAGAACAGUUGUGUUUCAAGGUCCAAAGACAGUGGAAUAAAACCUUAUAAUGUGCACGAAUUCUUUGCUAGUCUUAGAAUUCUUGUUGGUGAAAUUUAUCAAUUCUUCAAUGAAAACUGGUUUAAAAAUUAGUACUGUCCUAAAUUUAGAACAUUUCGAUGUUACCAAAGAAAAUAAAAUCCUGUAAAUGGUAAAUUAUCUUCGUUUUUUAACUACAUAAAUGUACAUAUCAGAAACCCUAAGGUAGGGAUAGGUAACCUGAGUCACCAUUUCUGGGGGCUCAUUUUAUAGAGCUGCAGCAUCUCAAUGACAAUUUUUUCAAAAGGGUUAAGAUUUAUUUUGCCUACGAUAAUAAAAGUAGAAUCAAUGCUCAAAACAAUGUAAUAUUUUUCGAUAAAUGCCCAAAAGCAGGCCUCGUCCCUCCCCCAAAGUUUUUUCCCCCCAUGAUAUUGUGAGAGCAGGUUUCUUUUUUUUUUCUCUCAGUGGAAGGGGGGGGGGAGGGUAAGCUUUGGAGGGAAAUGCACUAAUGCAUAAUAUGAAUAAAUUUAUUUAUAAAAAUCAAUCUACUCGAUGGCUACUUUUAAUUUGCAUUCUUUCUAUUGAAGAUUUACUUGCCAGAACACAAAUAAGAUUUAAGUACCUUGCUGUUGAAGUCCUUCUAAUAAUUUGCAGAUGAAAUAUAGGAGUUAUGGAAUAAAAUGAAAAAGCAAUUCCUUUUUCAAGAUAUUAUUCUGAUUGAAAAAUGUCAAAAGUAGUUACGAGGUUGUUGUUUUUCAAGCUUUGUUUGGCUGUAAAAAAAGAACGGGUAAAUGUAUAAAAAAGAUUUUACUAUCAAAAGUUUAGUACAAUGCAUAAUAUUUCUCCACAUAAUCACCUUGACGAUUUAGGCAUUUGUCGUACCUGUGCACAAGCUUUUUUAUAGCCUCCUCAUAGAACGUUGCCGCCAAUGAUUGAAAGUGAUUUUUGACGGCGUCUUUGAGUUCUGACCUCUUUAAAUUUUGGGCACUACUUACGAACAAUACUAGCACUCAUUAAGUUGUCUCCAUAUACACGACUUAUUUUUCCAUGAAUUUCCGCUGCCCCCAGCUUGCAAGAAAUGAAUAGCACUUCUCAAUUCACAUUUGGUGGGAGACUCGAUAGAGACAGCCAUGUUUUCGUGUCUGUAGCUCAACAGGAAAGGGCAGAUUGAACUCGACAGUACCCGAGUGUUUGGACGGGUAUGUGCAGUAUCCUAGUAUGUAAACCAGCCACCUGCAGCCCACCUGGCUUUCCUACUGUGAAAACGGAGCUUGAAAAAAACAACCUACAUACUUCUUCCUGAUUUUUGAAUGUUCUCUCUUUGUGACUCCAUUUCAAAUGCAUAGGUAAAUAAAUAUUUUGAUCUCCUUGUGGCAUUUAGAAAUCUUACAAAAAUACUGUAUUACAAGAGCUUGUAUCUUUUUCUGCCUGAUGGGUGUAAUAAGUUGUUGAAUGGAACUCAUGAGCCGUUUAAUAUCUAUUCAAUUUCAUCUGAUUAUUGAAAUUGUUUUAAUGAAAAUAAUGAGAUGCAUGUACACAGUGCAAAGGGGGGGGGGGGAUAUAUUGCAUGAAAAAUGUCAUUUGAAUUAUUUUUUACAUUUUCUUCUUUCUAUAUGAAAUUAGAGUAAGUUACUUAAAUCAAGAAAGCCUGUAAAAACACUGUAGUAUAAAUAAAUAAAUGCAUUUUAUUGAA